AUGAACGGAGAAACCAAUUCAGCUGAUGGUUCGAAUGAAAACGAGAUGAUAGCAUCAACCAUCAGUUCAAAUGGUGGCAAUUCCCAUGGACGGGCUCCAAAGAAGGCUAAGCUCAGAUGGAAAAAUGAGCUUCAACAAAAAUUUCUGGAAGCCAUUGACCACCUUGGUCUUCGCAAGGCUAUGCCCAAGACGAUCCAAGAAUUCAUGAACGUGAAAGGCGUAACAAGAACUCACAUUGCCAGCCACUUGCAGAAGUACAGAAGACACUUGAAAAAGGUUAAGCUAAACGCCAAGAGAGCCGAAAUCGCAAAAAGAAUUAAUAGGGAACUCACCAGCUCUGGAUCAUCCAGCAUACUUACCCCACAAGGCUCCUACAAAUGCACACAACUGAGCAUGGAGAAUCUGUUUCAAUCCCAGCUCGGCCAUAGCGUUGGUCAGUCGAGCCUUAUUCUGAAAAAGAGUGCCUCUAGAAACUACAUGGUGCAACAAACCAGAUCCAACUUGUUGCCUGUGGGAGGAUGUCGCGGAUAUUCUAGUGGCGUGUUGCCUUUGAACAACGAAAUGAGAAGCUUUUCGGCAACACAUCAAGUGUCUCUAGUUCCUGGGCUUGGACAAUAUGUUACACCAAAUGGUUCUUUGGGUAUGCAAAGCAACUACACUGGGAUCAACGUAGAUGCAAAUGGAAAUCUACUUGGAGCUGAUGGAGCCGGCCGAGUUGAUGGUAAUGCUUAUGGCUCUCCUGGUGCCAUGAACUUGGAUGUCAAUUACAACAAUAUGAGUGACCAUGGAAGAUCAACUCCGAUUCUUCCUUCUACAUUUGGAAAGUCCUUAUCCAACGGCGGUCAGACGCAGAGCAAUUUGUUUGCACAAAUGGGUGCUUGGGCUUCUAGAAGCACCUUGGGGACAUCUCAAGCUCCUCGAAUAGGGCAACAUGGUACAAGAAAUGAUGUUUACAACGCUGGGAUCAAUACAAAUGAAUAUAUAGAUUUGACUGGACGUGGUGGAGCAAGAUUUAAUGGCACUCCUGGUGAAAUUGUGGGCACAAUGAACAAUAACAUGACAAACCAAGGAAGUUCAACUUCGAGGCUACAAAGAAUUUCGAAUGCGCAACUGGAUGGUCUGAUACCUAUACUAGAGAGUCUGAGCGUGUGCAAUAAUGACACUGGCAAUACAGUUAACUCCCAAUUUGAUCAGAAUCAGGUAGAGUAA